AUGGGUGCAUCAAAGGGAGGCUGGUGGGCCUGGUCCACUAAGAAGAAGGUCCUCAUCUUUGGAAGCAUCGCGUUGGUCAUCAUCGCGCUGGGCGUUGGCCUAGGCGCUGGGCUCGGUAUCGGUCUCAAGGGCGGAGAUGACGACAACGGGGAUGACAGCGGUAACAAUGGUGGCACCGGUACAAACACAACAACACCAACCAACACAACUGUUAAAUGGCAGCCAGCCGUCGGUGUUAAGUGGCAGAUCGUUCUGAAGAACCCGAUCAACGACACUUCAGUGGAAGCGCCGGUCUACGACAUCGAUCUUUUCGACAAUGACGCGAGCGUCAUUUCUGAUCUACAUGACUUGGGUCGCAAAGUCAUUUGCUACUUCUCCGCUGGUACCUACGAGGACUGGCGUAGUGACGCCAACGACUUCGACAAGGCUGACCUGGGCAAGAACCUCGAUGACUGGCCCGGCGAGAAGUGGGUGAACGUCACGUCCACCAAAAUUCGCAACAUCAUGGAGACACGUCUCGAUCUUGCCGUGAAGAAAGGCUGUGACGGCGUUGACCCUGACAACAUCGAUGGGUACGACAAUGACAACGGCCUGGGUCUCACUGAAGCCAUGGCUACCAACUACGUGAAUUGGCUCGCAUCUCAAUCCCACAGCCGUGGACUGUCGGUUGGACUCAAGAAUGGCGGCGCUAUCAUUGACUCUGUGAUUGAAAACAUGCAGUGGUGUGUCAAUGAGCAAUGUGCUCAGUACGACGAGUGCGACACCUAUGCGGCCUUUGUCGAGGCUGACAAGCCCGUCUUCCACAUCGAGUAUCCCAAGGGCGAUACCACCAACAACAAUAACGACGUGACGGCCAAGCAGGAGACGUCUGCCUGCACAGCUAACAGUUCUGGAAACUUCUCGACUGUGAUCAAAAACAUGAACUUGAACAAUUGGGUUGAAUACUGCUCGUGA